GUUCUGGCUCAAGCUUUCCUCCCGUGCCUGCAAGUGUGAGGAGUCCACUGCGCCCUCACCUGGCUCGCUUGAUGUAGAGACCUAAAAUGGCUUUCAACUCACCUGCUCCUAAUGAAUUAGACAUUUUAGCGAACUUCAGCAGGCCUCGGGAAGAGCAGCACUAGGCAGCUGACUGAUUAGGCAAAAGCAAGGACCUGUUUGCUCAAGUAUGAGGAAAGGCCAGAGGAUGAGCAGCUCCUCUGAGUCCGAAGAGAAUCAACGGCUGCAGUCAAAGGAAGAUCAGCGGUCACCAUGUGGAUGCUCAUCAUCAGAUGAAGAGUCAUCGUCAUGCUCAGAUGUGGAGGCAGAACGUGUGAUGAAAAGGAGCCAGAGGUUCAGCAGCUCUUUCAGCUUUGGAGAAGAUCAUCAGCCACAGUCAACGAAUGAGCACAGAGAAGAACUGUUGUCCAAGAACUCUAAUGGAGUACCCAUCACUGAAGUGGUGGAGGCAGAAUUGGCCGCGGAGCGUGUGCGAUUGCAGGAGCGAGACACUUUUUGUGAAACAAAUCAACCUCCAAGGCCAGGUUUAUUCAGGCCUCAGGAAUUAUGGCUGGCUGUGACGAGAUGUCUCUCCCUUCGAUGGCCUCCUUGUCUGUCCAUCAACAGACAAAGUAACGCCAAACUAGCAUAUCAAGUGGACCUCGACCAAUCAGAGGACACGUGGUCAUCCAUCAGCUCCAGAUCAACCAAUGAGAGCUCUUCAAGUACAUCUACUUUAAAUGACAGAGAUAUAACACUGGCGAAACCUGAGGAAGAGGAAGUCAAAAACAGGGGGGUUAGAAGUGCUCCACCCCCUUGCCGUGGGGUUUCUCGUUCCUCCCCCAGAUUGCCAAGAGUCAGACAAGCCACAGAGUCGAUGUUAGCAUCAGUGAUCUUGGAGAAAGAAACAUUCCUGAGGAUAGAGUUGGUAGAUUCAGGCGAUGAGAAGGAAGAUUUACGCUACCGGGCAGAAUGGAGGCUGUCAGAGAGAACUAAGGAACUGGCAGAGGGAGUCUGGCUCUCUCGAAGCAAAAAAUUGAUGGAUUGACCUGUUAAGUCAGACGUCUGGUUGCAUUUGAUGGAGUAUUUUUUUUUAAAGACAUAUUAUUCAUCCAUCCAUCCAGUUAGAUUGCUUGUUGCAACCAUCAGUAAAUUGGUUAUUGUAAUCAUUUUGAUCUUAGUUUGUGUGACUUCUGAUUAGAAGUGGCCUAGAUGUCAGUGAAUAAUAACUAAGAUUGGUGUUGCAUGAUGGCUGUGUCAGCUGCCAUGUCCUUGUAGAAACUGUGCUGAUACAAAUGCACUGACUGUAGCUGACUAAUUAGAAAGGCUAUUUUCAGAAACACAGUGCAGAGUUAAUGUUUGUUUUUCUGCCUCUCUGGGUCUCUCAGAGAACAUUUUAUACAUGGCUGGUUCCAUGUGUGGGAGGCAAACGAGCCCUGAUAGAACAUGUCGUGUUUAUGAAUAAAAACCUUUUCUGUGAUAUGUUUCAUUUUUAAAAAAAAUAAGAAUUAAUACCGUGAGAAAUGCAGGUGGAUUGCAUAUAGU